AGGCGCGCCCCCGCCGCUAUAACUGGCGUGCAUGGAGUCGGGGCCGGCGCAGAGGAGCGGGCGGGCGAUGGGAGACGUCGCUCCGGCGGGAUAGAGGGGCGGAGACGGGGGCACCCCCGGGGCCCGGCCCGCCCGGGGCUCUCCGCGGGCCCGCACAGAUGCUGGUGCACAGCUACCCGGGCAUGGACCGCACCGAGGGGCUGCCCGGGGCGCCGGCCGGGGCCCGCCUGCCGCAGCUGCCAGCGCUCAACCAGGCGCCCUACGGCUCCGCUCCGCCGCUCUGCCACACGCCAGCCGCCGACUUCCAGCCGCCCUACUUCCCCCCGCCGUACCCGCAGCCGCCGCUGCCCUACCCGCAGGGCCAGGAGCCCGGCUACCCGCACCUCGGGGACCCGUACGCGGCGCUCAGCCCGCUCCACCAGCACCAGCAGCCGGCCUGGGCCCCGCAGCGCGGCCGCCAGGACGAAGCGGGGCUGCUCUCGGGGACCCACCGCGCCCUGGGGCUUGACCCUCGCCGCGAGUACCCCGCCGUGCCCCGCUUGCUCCACGGGCUGCCCGACGGCGGACACGGGCUCGCCGAUGGCCCGCUGGGCCUCCAUGGGCUCGGACACCACGGCAUCGAGGACAUCCAGACCGUGGACGACGGCGGAAUGAACCUGCUCGAUCAGUCCGUGAUCAAGAAAGGCUGGCUCAGGUGCUCCGAUCACCUGCUGCUUGCGGGAACAGGAAAGCAGCAGCUGAAGAUCGAGGGGGACUUUUGGUUUACUCAGAUGACAAGAGACAAUUUUGGUUCCCCCAAAGCCAAGGAAACAAAGCUGUCAGGCUUUAAUGGUAGCUUGUCUCCCUCCUGCAGCAUGUUUAUGGGCAAACAAGCUGCAGAGCAGACCAGGCAAGCAGCAGCAGUGCCCAUCCCCUCGAAGGCCAACGGCACCACCAUUAACACCCUGUCAAUGAACAAGGACGGGCUGAUCGGAGGGGUGACGAAUCCCAACGAGGUUUUCUGCUCUGUGCCCGGCCGCCUCUCCCUGCUCAGCUCCACCUCCAAGUACAAGGUGACGGUCGGGGAGGUGCAGAGGAGGCUCUCGCCCCCCGAGUGUCUCAACGCCUCUCUCCUCGGUGGGGUCCUCCGCAGAGCAAAGUCAAAAAACGGGGGUCGGUGUUUAAGGGAAAGGUUAGAGAAAAUCGGGCUGAACCUGCCUGCAGGAAGGCGCAAGGCUGCCAAUGUCACCCUGCUGACAUCCCUCGUGGAAGGUGAAGCUGUUCACCUGGCUCGGGACUUUGGGUACGUGUGUGAAACUGAGUUCCCAGCCAAGGCAGCAGCGGAGUACCUGUGCCGACAGCACUCGGACCCCACGGAGCUCCACACCAGGAAGAACAUGCUGCUGGCUACCAAGCAAAUCUGUAAGGAGUUUGCAGACUUGAUAGCCCAGGACCGCUCGCCGCUGGGGAACAGCCGCCCCUCGCUCAUCCUCGAGCCCGGUGUCCAGAGCUGUUUGACUCAUUUCAGCUUGAUAACCCAUGGCUUCGGGGGCCCUGCCAUCUGCGCAGCGCUCACCGCCUUCCAGAACUACCUGGUGGAGUCCCUCAAGGGGCUGGAUAAGAUAUUCAUGAACAGCACAGGGAAUGGGCACACGGCCGGAGACUCCAAAGCGUCAGAGAAGGAAGUGAAGCAUCGGAAAUAACGCGUUGUCUCCAUCCCUCUUCCCAGCGAGAUGAUGCAGUGCAACCUGUGCUGAACUGUCUGAACAUGGGAACAAACUCAUGCAGAAAAGACAACAAAAAGAAGAUUUAAAGAACUGAAGGUGGUAACAGCUCUCCUGGGCACGGUGAGGUUGAGAUCAGCCAGGUCCAUGGCUUCUGCCUUUGCUGGUUUCCAAUCGUGGAUGCAGGAAGCCAAAUCAUGUGCAAUUUUGGUUUAUUGAAAAGCCCCCGGUGAAAUCCUCCAGGAAUUGCUUCCAACUGAAAACCACACAAGAGCAAAAGCCUCCUCAGUGCAAGCAGGAGAGGCAGGAGCCGCAGAGGGCAGGGAGCAGGAUCCCUGCUGUACCUGGAUGUAUCGGCUGGUUUUGACAGGCAAACACACAGGAAACCUUCUCACUUUCCCCACCUAAAGCCAAGAGGAAGCCGCCAGUGCAGCUGCUUUGGAUCUGAAGCAGUUUCAGACUUCGUUUACAGUUUGCAGACUGAGUCGGAUCUCAGUGCAUCUUCCCCUGGGCUGUGGCCGAGGGGAGGAACAACCGCAGCCCCGAUGGGUCCCAGGGCAGGACCUGAGCGGGGAGAGCCUCCCUAUGGCCGCAGUCACACUGGGGAUAAAGCAGGUGAAGUUAAACCCAGGACUGACUGAAACACCACAAACCAUGGCAAACAGCACACACACCUUUCUAAAGUGAAUAAUAGUAAUAAUAAUAAUUAAUAAAGCACAAGGAGCAGAACUUGAACCAGGCCAAACGGAACUGUUCGAAAUCUGUAUAUAUUUAUUUAUGUGUAAUUAAAAUCUGAAAGUUUUAAAAUGUCCAGUGCAAGUUAUUUAUAUCAAACUGAGUUAGGGUUUUCUGGGAUGGUUUUUUUGGGGGGGUUGAUUUUUUUUUGGUUUUUGGGUUUUUUUGGGGGUUAUUUUACUUUUUUUUUUUAAGAUGAAAAUCUUUGGAUUUUCAGCCCUUAGAAAUGGGAAUGAAGUUUUGGAUACACAAAACUGUAGCAUGGACAAGAUAGGCUGUGAUAAUGACUAUAGAAGUUCUUCAGGAUUUUGUACUUGCUGUUGUUUCUCUUAAUGCUGCAAUAGAUGUACACCACCACGAUGUCAUUCUCAUUACCUUAAUAAACCUCUUUCUAUUUGAAGCAA